AUGGACACGCAAGCAAGGGAUCAAGCUGAGACGCUGCUGCUCCACGCGGCCAGCGCCUACGGCCUCCGGGUGGGUCGGCACGACGUACGGCGCGCUCUCGUCGCCGAUUCAGGUGCUGAGCUGGCCACCUGGGCUGCGACGCAUCUUGUUCCCGAGACGCUGCUGACGGUUGAUGAACUGAAGCUGUACACAAAACUGGACAAGAAUGGUGACGUCGAUCGGCUGGCGGCCUUGCAUAGCCUCGAGGAGGUGCAGGCUGUGAAUGAAGAUGACCUCACAGUCGCGAUUCACGAGCUCGAGCGAUCGACACGAAGCAUCAUGGACCAGACGGAGAGGCUGGGCCGCCAACAGGAGUCGCUGCGCCGCAUCGUUGCCACUCGCAGUGAAAGUGAAGGCAGGAGAUGUGAACUGGAGCAGGCGAGGCGUCAAAUUCUUGAAGCUGAAAACCGUCAGCUUGCCGAUGAGGUCGACGGGCUCUCGCGGAGUCUCGACCUACGCCUGUCUUAUCUUGAGCGGCAAGCCAUCGAUGCCGGCCCCGUCCUCGAACAGGCUAUCAGUGAUGCACUUCAAUCCGAUGACGAGCUUCUUGUCCGCCUGCAAAGGCGUGCCCAGGAGCUCGAUCAAUCAGACGUGGAUGACGCGCAGUCGAUGGUGGACAAACUGCGAGACGGUUGCACACGCCUAAUCAACCUUACCGCGGAGGCCAUUCACAUCAAGAUGGACACGGCAUACUUGGAUGCGCUAAUGACGACGGAAGAGUCCCCCGAGAUGGAUGCAGCGGUCACGGUGGACAAAGCAGAGGCCCUUCGGCAAGAGAUUGAGUCUCUCUACUCUGAGAUCUUGCCCGUCGCCCAAAUGUCAAUCCAUCAGCAGCACCUCGAACCUGCCAUGGAGUUGGUGAAGGAGCGCAAGGGCCAGAGCCUCGAUCGUACCGCCGCGGCACUCACAUUUAUGAAUGACGCGCUCGACCAUCUCCAAGGUCGUCUGCAUAGUCUUGGAAGGCGCGCCGAGGCCCACGUGUCUCACCAAGUCGCCUGCUCAGCCCUCACGUCUGCGGCACGGGCUGAGAUGACGACAAGCAUCGAAGGAGCCAAACAGGCCUCCGUCAUCAGGAACCCGUCCCCCAUUCGCAUGCAGAUGCAUCCAGCCGACUCCCGCAGCCGCCGCAGGUCGUCAGGUGUACCGGAAGAACCACCACUCGAGGCCCUGUAUCGGCAGCUGGCCCUGUCAGCUACGCUAUAUGAGGGAGAUGGGAAGCAGCAGAGAGCGACUUUGGCGAAAGCGCUAAAACUCCGAACGAAGAAAAGCGUAGAUGUUUCACAUGCUACCCAAGAGAGUUUCGAAAGCAGCACCAUGACGCACGUCAGGGACGCGAAGCGUGCCAUUCAACUCUUGCACGACAGUCUACUUGCGGAGACACCAUUUGGUCUUGUUCAUCUGGCCGACCCCGGCAUCGAAUCGUCCAUUUCCGUCUUGGAGCAAGAGGUCAACAAAGCUAGGGGGAGGGUAGAGGCUGUUGAUGGGCAGAAAUCCACGGCGAUGAGUGAGAAGAGAAGGCAGUUUAUUGACCGAUGGGGUUCAUAG